GGAGGGUUGAAAAACUAAAACACGAAAAACAUGGAAUCUCAGUGGGUGCAGCAAUCGGACUAAGAAAGCAGGAAAGGAGACAUUGCGAGAUGGCCCGGCGAAUGACGUUCUGGGCGGAUAGACCUCGUGGGAUCCUGCCACCAAGAAUAUCAGAGGGCAGGGUCGAAAUAAGCCUGCCGGCAAGAAAUAUGAUAGGCAAUCUAGUAAUGAACUGGGUGGGGAUAAAGUUUGUGGAAGAUACAGUGUACCUAUUAGUGAAGCUGAAAUGGCGUGCGAGAGGAGAGUUUGGGGGCGUAGACUUAAUCCGCCCAGAGCGUGUACAUGCGACGGGAUCCUUACACAUGUCGGAAGAGGGAUGGCGGACCUUUGGGAUUGCUUUGGCUUCCGGGGAUGACCCCGUACGAAUGUUCGAAGGGGCAUGGCAAAUAACUUGGCGGGAGGGGUUUGAGUUUGCAGAUCCGGAACGAGAUGACGUGACGGCUGAGGUAAAAGUCGCCGCGGCAGGGGUUCUUGAGCUCCCAAAUGAGGUCGUACGGAUGAAACUAGGCAAAAUGGCAACGGAGGAAGAGACAGAUAACCGUAAGACUGAAGGAGAACUAGACUUAGAAGGCAGUGUCGCGCAACGCGAAGGGGGGCAGAAGGACAGAGAGUCGAUAAAUCCGGAUGGUACCAAAGGGAACCGGAAGGAAAUUACCACAGGAGAAAGCUCGGGGAAAGCCGGGGGAAGCAGGCAAGGGACCCAGCGGACCAAGGAAGGCAAAAAUAAGGAUAGGACAAGCUCCCGAAACUCGGAAGGAGUCAUGCCUAAGAAAGUAAGGGUCGCGGACACAAGGCGCAAACUAGCCGAGAUAGACAAGAGGACCGCAGAAUACAAGGCAAGACUGAUUGGGGAAAUGAUGACUGGGAACGAAGAAGGUCCUCUGCAGGAGGAGCCCCGGGACGAACGGAGAGCCAGCCAAGGUGGAACUGGACAAGGGGGUAAAAGUAGUGACCGUGGGGGAACGCCGAGCAAGAGAAGGAAAGAGAGAGAGAACUCUCCAGGGAUGGAAGCAAAAAAGGCUACGACUCCGCCAGCCAUGGAUAGUAGGGCUAGCCGCCUGCCGAUCACGCCAGCUGUAGCGCGAGGAUGCGAAGGACUUUGGAGCCUUAGGGAAAAAGUGUUGGGAUGGUUUUCCCCGGAAGAAACUAUGAAAACCAGGGAGGGACAGAAGGUCAGCAAGGAGAGCCCGGAUAACAGUGUGGCAGGCGAGGUCAGCAGCUCCGAGGGUGGCCUUAAGAAGAUAGUGUUGUCCCUCGCUCGAGCACUAAACAAAAAUCAAGGCUAUCUGGCAGACGCCAAGAAAAAGCUGACUUUCGAUGGAGCAAACAUCACGGAGUUCCUGAUCGACUACGAGAACCUAGCUGUGUUACUGAAGUGGACCGAGGAAGAAAUGAUGAACCACCUAGGACAGCAUGUGUUGUUAAGCCUAGGACGGGACAUAAUGGUCAUUGUAGCCGCAAACCGGUCUUGGAAGGAGACCCGGGAUGUGAUGAUGAGGAAGUACCUAGCGGCGGAGAAAAUGGCAACGGAGGUCGACCUAGCGGCAAUUCAGAGGAAAAACUUUGCAACGUACAAUGAUUUCCUACGGGAAUUUACUCUAGUAGCACUAAGGAUCCCCGGGGUCACGGACCGGAUAAUGAGCAAAUAUUUCCUCAGGCAGUUCUCCGAGUUCGACAAAGACAAGAUCCUGUCAACCUACCAACAGACGAGCAAGUUCGUAAACACGCGGGAUGUUGAUUUUAGCACGGCUAGCCCUAGGUUGCUCAAGGGGCUCAGACAACUGUUGACUCGGAGGCGRGUAAAAAUAGGCGACAACCCCGAAUUACCAGAAGGGGAGAGGGAGGAGGAAGCUCCGCAAGAAGUGGCUAACCUUCAGAGGAGUCACGUGGACUUGGAGGAUCUCGAAAGGGCCUUUGCAGACAUUCGUUUGAGCUUGUUUAGCCGAGAGGGCGGCGAAGUCAUGAGAUCACCACCUGGGACGAAGCUUAGCUUUCAUGCGUUACCCGUAGGGAAAUUGAAAAUCCAGAUCGGGAGUCAUCACACCGACGCAUUAGUAGACGGGGGAGCAGAAAUCACUGUCAUAAGGAGAGACUUCGCAACGAUCACGGGAUGUACGGUAAACAAGGAAGUAACAGGGAGCAUCCGGGGAACUGGCGGGGAAAUCCCGUUCGCUGGGUACGUCACGAAGUGUGCUGUGAAGGCAGGGGUCAGGGAAUCGAUCUGGUCGUUUCAGCGGAUAACAGUAACGGAGGAAAUGGACCACGACAUAAUCCUUAAGAGACCGUGGUGCGCGAACGUAGAGAUGAUAGGCAUGCACUUGCACGAUGGCUCGUACAUGGUAGACAUAGAGGACCCUGUGACCGGCCGGGGAGAGCUCCUUCGACUCCUUGAAACGGGAGGAGACCCCCCAAAGGGGAAAUUGGCAACAUGGUCGCCGUCGUUCGAGGAUAGCACGCGAAAAGGGGCUUUCGCACGGAUGAAGGGUAUGAGAGAAACGGUAGAAAUCAUGAUUGAGGAAACAUUCAACAAAAAGGAGUGGAUCAAGAUGGGUCUGCCCCAGAAGAGGAGAAGGCAGGAGGACGAAGUCCUAGGUGUAAUGGUAGCGGAAAAGGAGUCAGAGGUCGAACUUGGUGCUAGCCUGCCCAAACGGAAAGAAGUACGCAUAGACGUGCCGGAAAUGGCACUCGAAAUCCCCGAUCUAUUGCAACUCAUCAAGACCCUCAAAUACCACAAGGAGGCAUGAGUGGAUUCGGCAGCCUUGGCCAAGUUCGAAAGAGAGGUGCAAAAUGGAUAUUGCCUGAAUAGGAAACUAGUUAGUAUUAAACCACG